ACCCCAAUUUUUCUACCUAACCGUUAUCUAGUGUAUAUAAGACCAUUCAUCUUCUCCAUUACUCACUCUCUCAGCUUGAGCUUCUCUCUCAAACGAAAGAACUCAAAGCUUCAAACUUUAAAAAAAAAAAAAUCUACAACGCCGCCGUUUUACUCUUAACUCCUUUUUAUUCUUACCAUUAUUACCAAAAUGCAAGCCGCUUCGUCGUGUGAUCUCAAGUUCCGAUCAACAGAUCCAACGACUAGGACUGCGCGUUACUCCCACGCGAUGCCAAAGCGCGUUGCUGUUCAGUGCGGUUACAGGUCGGAGUCGUUUAGCUUCCCUAACGGCGUCUCCGUUAGCCGAGCAGAUUGGCAGAACUCAUGCGCCAUUUUAUCAAGUAAAGUCGCUUCUGUUGAAGAUCACGGCGGUUUAGCUGACAAGAUCGCCGUCGUCAACGGUCACAAGAAUGGCUCCGUCGAUCUCAGCCUUGUUCCAGUCGAGACCACCAAGGGAAAAUUAACUCCGGUUCAGCCUCUGACGAUCACCGAUCUAUCUCCGGCACCGUUACACGGAUCUAGCAUCCGUGUAGCUUAUCAAGGAGUUCCUGGAGCGUAUUCGGAGGCAGCCGCCGGAAAAGCAUAUCCGAACUGUGAAGCCAUUCCGUGUGACCAAUUCGACGUUGCUUUUCAGGCGGUGGAGCUUUGGAUCGCUGAUAGAGCCGUUCUUCCUGUGGAGAAUUCGCUUGGUGGUUCGAUUCACCGAAACUACGAUCUCCUCCUCCGUCACCGUCUCCAUAUUGUCGGUGAGGUCCAGUUUCCAGUCCACCAUUGUCUCCUAGCACUCCCAGGAGUCCGAAAAGACUGUAUUUCGCGGGUGAUUUCUCACCCGCAAGCGCUUGCUCAGACGGAACAUUCCCUUAACAACCUCACCCCACACGCGGCGCGUGAGGCUUUUCACGACACGGCGGCUGCUGCAGAGUAUAUUGCUGCUAACAACCUCCAUGACACGGCAGCAGUAGCGAGUGCACGCGCGGCUGAGCUCUAUAAUCUUCAGAUUUUAGCGGACGGGAUCCAAGACGAUGCGGGAAAUGUCACUCGCUUCCUUAUGCUAGCGCGUGAGCCUAUAAUUCCACGAACAGACCGGCCAUUCAAGACGAGCAUUGUCUUUGCGGCGCAGGAGCACAAAGGAACCAGCGUCCUCUUCAAGGUCCUCUCGGCCUUUGCUUUCCGAAACAUCAGCCUUACGAAGAUCGAGUCACGGCCUCACCACAACCGCCCACUUAGAGUGGUGGGCGACGGCAGCUUCGGGACGGCGAAGAACUUUGAGUACAUGUUUUAUGUUGAUUUCGAGGCGUCGAUGGCAGAGACGCGUGCACAAAACGCGCUUUCGGAGGUUCAAGAGUACACGUCGUUUCUAAGGGUGCUCGGAAGUUACCCCAUGGAUAUGACGCCAUGGACCAUGUCACCCACCGUAGAUGCAUGACCCAUCGAACAAAAAGUAAACGCACCAAUAAGUUUAUUAAAUUGUAAUGCUUUUUUUGUGAAAGAUUGUAAUAUAAAAUGUAAAGCUCGUUAUUCACGUGGGAUUAGGAGAAAACAAAUUAUUUUAUUCUAAUCUUAUUGUUAUUAGAUCAGAUAUCUUACUUACUAGUAAUGAAAAUUGUGAUUGAUUCGCAGA